AUGUCAUCCUAUGAUGACCAUGAGAAGAAUUUGCGCCUCUCUACCUUGCCUACUGUUAGAGCUGGAAGUCGUCAAUGGCGCCAAAGAUGCACUAGUACUUUCCCGCUAUUUCCCUGGAAUAACUGCUUUCAUCAUCACCAUUCAAAAGUAAAAUCUCCACCUUCUAUACAAUAUGGAACCAAGGGAGGUCUUCACAAUGGUAGCAGUACUGAUGACCAGGAAGGCUUGUCACUUAAACAUAUUGUGUUUGGCAUAGCAGGAUCUUCUCAACUUUGGACACGACGAAAAGAAUAUGUUAGACUAUGGUGGCCUCCCAAUGACAUGCGUGGGCAUGUUUGGCUAGAUGAACAAGUACUUCAACAACAUGGAGAUGAUUUAUUGCCCCCAACCAUGAUUUCUGAAGACAUCUCAUACUUUCACUACACUAAUCCCACUGGUCACCCUUCUGGUCUUCGGAUUUCUCGCAUUGUCAAAGAGAGCUUUGACCUUGGCCUCUUAAAUGUGCGCUGGUUUGUCCUCUGUGAUGACGAUACCAUCUUCAAUGUGGAUAACCUUGUGGAUGUUCUCAGCAAGUAUGAUUCCUCUGAAAUGAUUUAUAUAGGUAGCCCCUCGGAGAGCCAUUCAACAAAUUCGUACUUUAGUCACUCAAUGGCCUUUGGUGGUGGCAGAAUUGCAGUAAGUUAUCCUCUUGCAAAGGAACUUUCUGAGAUUCUUGAUGAAUGCAUAGAGAGGUAUCCCAAACUCUAUGGUAGUGAUGAUCGCUUACAUGCCUGCAUUACUGAGCUUGGAAUUCCGUUGACAUGGGAGCAUGGUUUUCACCAGUGGGACAUAAGAGGUGAUGCCCGUGGUCUGCUCUCCUCUCACCCGAUAGCACCAUUUGUGUCUAUUCAUCAUGUUGAAGCUGUAAAUCCGUUUUACCCUGGCUUGAGCUCUUUGGAUAGCCUAAAACUUUUUAUAAAGGCCAUGAGAGCAGAUCCCAGAAGCUUCUUGCAGCGUUCAAUACGUUACAACGAUUCUCGGCAUCUAACAUUCUCAGUUUCACUCGGUUAUGGAGUUCAAGUCCUUCCUAACAUUGUAUCUCCCUGUGAGCUGGAGCGCUCGGAACGAACUUACUCUGCUGGGAAUGGCAUUAGUCAAAGGAAUGAAUUUGACUUUGAUGCUAGGGACCCAUCCAGAUCCAUUUGUAAAAAACCAGUUCUCUUCUUUCUCAAAGAUGCUAGAAAAGAAGGUAAUGUUGCUUUGGGCUCAUAUGUUCGGAGUGGUGAUAAAGACGAUUUCAAAAGAAGAAUUUUGUGCUUUCCUCGCAUCCCACCUUUGCGCAAUGUGCAAGAGAUCCAGGUAGUGGUGCAUCCUUUGAGCAAGAAUUGGCAUGUGGUUCCACGUCGACUCUGUUGCAGGAAAACCAAAUCAAGCAAAGAACUCCUCCAAAUCUCAAUUGGGCAGUGUGGGAAGGGAGCUUGA